AGCCGUUGGCCCCAGCGCCUCGCUCAGGGCAAUGACGCAAUGACUUGAGCCCGGGUGUCUGCCCUCUCCCCCCCCCCCCUUGUCCUCCCCCCGGCCGUCCGACCCGACCGGCCCCACCCUGACACAUGCCAUGGCGGAGCCCCCCGAGCCGCCGCCGCUCCCCGCUCCGGCGGCUCCCGCGCGCAGGGCCGCCGGGCCGCCAGGUGCCACGGGCCUGUCCCGCGGGGAGCUGCUGGCCGCGGGCGCGGGCGCCGGCGUGGUGAGCAAGACGGCGACCGCGCCGCUGGACAGGAUCCGGAUCCUGUUCCAGGUGGACAGGAGGCGGGCCUUCACCCUGACGGGCUUCGUGCUCAAGGGCGCCAGGAUCGUUCGCACCGAGGGCGUCCUCGGCCUCUGGCGCGGCAACCUGGCGGUCGUCCUGCGCGCCAUGCCCUACGCGGGCCUGCAGUUCGCCUCCUUCAACCAGUACUACGCUCUGUUGCUGCCGCUGCCGGUGUUCAACAGCCAGGAGAAAGCUGCACGCUUCUGUGCGGGGGCGGCGGCUGGUGCCACCGCCACGGUGCUCACGUACCCCCUCGACUUCUUGCGGGCUCAGAUGGCGGUGAGCGCUUCUUCGUUGUCGAUGAGGGAGGUCCACUCCUCAUACGUGGUGGCCGCGCAGGAGAUCGUGCGCGACGAGGGCUUUUCAGCGCUGUAUACGGGAAUCCGGCCCACGCUGCUGGGGAUCGUGCCUAACGCGGGCAUGAGCUUCAUGGUCUUCGAGACCCUGAAGCCUUGGAUCCAGACCGAGGUCCUGGGGCUGCGUUCCGAGAGCGACAUGCCCAUGAGCUGGAGGUUCCUGGCUGGCGGAUGCGCAGGCUUCCUGGCCCAGAGCGCUUCUUACCCCUUGAACGUUGUGCGGAGGCGGAUGCAGGUCCAGGGCCUGAUGGAGAUAGAAGGCAUGGCCCAGCCUCGGUACUCCUCGGUGGGCCAGGCCUUGCUGACCAUCCUGCGUACGGAGGGACUGGUCCGCGGGCUCUACAAGGGCGGCUCACUGACGCUGGUCAAGGGGCCUCUGUCGACCGCCACGGGAUUCGCCGCCAACGACUACCUCAAGAGCCUGCUGGCGAGGGCGCGCGGAGACCCCGAGCGCAUACCGCCCUUCCUCUGGGCGGACGCCCCAGACGUGGUGAGCGACCCCACGGGCCGUCUGACCUGCAAGGUCAAGGAGCUGACUCCGUUCGAGCACCUGGUGUCGGGCGGCACCGCCGGGGCCGUGGCCAAGACCGUGGUGGCCCCCGCGGAGAGGGUCAAGAUCCUGUACCAGACGAAUUCGCAGCGGGCGUUCCGCUGGACGGGCGUGCUCCGCACCGGGCUCAAGAUCUACCAGAACACCGGGAUGAUCGGCUUGUGGCGAGGCCACACCGCCACCUUGAUACAGCAGGUCCCCAAGUCGGCGACCACCUACGCCACCUUCGACUUCUACCGCAGGUGGAUCUACGGUCUCGAGGCGGUGGACAAGGUGACGGCGAGGUUCGCCGCCGGUGCCCUGGCGGGUGCCACUUCCACCACGCUCACGUACCCUUUAGACCUCAUGCGCGCCCGCAUGGCCGCGCAUUGGGACAUGUCGCCCCGCUACCCUAAUUAUGCCGGCGAACUUCUCUGCUUUCGAGGCGGUCAUCAAGGAGGAGGGGCCCCUGGCGCUGUACAGGGGCCUGCGGCCAACCCUGCUCGGCAUCGUCCCGUACGCGGGUCUCAGCUUCGCCACCUACGAGACGCUGAAGGCCAAGUGGGUUUUGCCCAUGGAGGCCAGGAACUCCAACUCGCUGGUGACCAGUGCACGCCUCGCCUCUGGGGCGUUCGCUGGCCUGGUGGCGCAGACGGUCACGUACCCCGUGGACAUCGUGAGGCGGCGGAUGCAGGUGCACCCUGACCUGUACCGCACCGAGUGGCAGACUGCCCAGGCGAUCCUGAAGUCCGAGGGGCUCUUCCGAGGUCUGUUCAAGGGCAUGACCAUGAACUGGGUGAAGGGCCCCAUCUCGGGCGGGUGGUAGUGGAGGGUGACCUGCAUGGGGGGUAAAAAAGACAUGGCCUCGAAGGGGCCCUCUGGGGCCCCGUCUGGAGCCAGCAGGGGCGCAAAAGGGCCCCGAAAGGCCCUCUUUGGGGCCUACUCUGCCCGUCACCUCCCAGCGCCACCAGCCCGACCAUCGCCGUGGGCGUCAGCUUCACGAUGAAUGACCUGGUGAAGUCCCGCCUGGGCCGGCUCGCGUCACGGUAGGCCCCCGAGCGCCGAAGGGUCCUCGGGUCGGCGUUCCACGCGCCCGCGCGCGCGCGCCGCGGGCGGGGAGGAUUCGACGGCUUCUGUGACGUUCCGGGGACCUCCGCGAGAGCAGCGGCCGCCUGCGCGACCCGCCGCUCCGAAGGGCGUCCUGCCGAGAGGUGCCUCCCGCCAGUCAGAGGAGA